UCAGCUCUUGCGAAACUCUUAGAAACGGACUUUCUUUGACUCUCGGCGGUGUCUUUGAUUGUCGUUUAUUUCUGCCUAUGCCUACUCUUUUUUAAGGCUACUGGAAAAUCGAAGGCAGCUGAACUGAGCAUACCUUUUGAGGAGCCAAGGACCGUUGUAAAACCGUGGUCUGUCAGUGGUCAUUUUGGAAGGCUUCACAUUGGCUCGUGAACGAUGAAAUGUAACAUAGUUUUGGAACAUUUGUAUUUACUAAUUUUACUCCCUAAUGCAAUGUUUUGUCAAACAGUGCUUCCCCCAGAAUGUGCUCCGGGGGGUCACUCUCUGCUCCAGAACCCAUACCGCAGCACCAGUUUCAGCUCCCGCAGCCUGCAGCAGUCAGCCCUCCAGGACUUCAUCUGUGACCAUUCCCUCAUACCAGGCUGGUACCAGUUCAAGAUCUUUGACAAGCCCGCCAGCAUGCCCACACAAUGUGUGGAGGUGAACCACUGUGGGACCCAGGCCCCAGUCUGGCUGUCUUUGGGGGAGGGUGAGAGCCUUCCCCGGCCCCUGGAGGUGACGCAUCUGACGGCCUGUGCCACCUGGCAGUUCUUCCUCAGCAGCAGUAAGGACUGUUGCCUGUUCCGCAUCCCUGUCACCGUGCGCAACUGUGGAGACUUCUACGUCUACCUGCUCCAGCCCACCCAGGGUUGCAUGGGCUACUGCGCACAGGAGAUGUCAGACUCUGCGGCUGUGGUGUGUGGUCCUGACGAGGUGGAGGUUGAUGGAGCGUGUAAAGCCAAACAGCCUCCUUCCCCAGUGGUACCUGUGAUAGUAGCAGAGCUCUCUGGGAGCAUCGUCUACCUGAAGUGCAGCUUCGAGGGCCAUAGCGUGAACAGCUCCCUAGGCUAUGUGGUUGCCUGGUCUCGCCUCUCCCCCCAAGGCAUCAAAGAAGAACUGAAACAAGAGAUUACUGUCCAAACCGUUGCCUUCAUCGAGCUGGACGGGAUCAACCUCCGACUGGGGGACAAGGUGGGUAGAAGUUACAUUUACUGCAGUUGCUCCAGUUUUUUCGUGGACUCGCCGGACAUCCAGGGAGCCCCAGCGGAGAGCGAAGAGUUCUUCGCCGGGAUCAGGUUGAGACCCGAGGUGACUACUGUGUCUGAGGAUGGGAAGGACUACGAGUUGACUGUGGAGAGUACCAUCCCUGUCCCAUGCCCUGACGGUGCCUCCUUCUCCUCCACCACAGAGCAGUGUACUCUCUCCUUACACCUGAGUACAAGCAAUCAAGGAGACGAUCUGCUGGGUCCAGACGUGGUGUUGACGUCGUGCCGGGUGGAUCUCUCCCAGAGCCUGGGGUGUCGUAACGGGGUGUGUAGCCAGGCCCUGGUUCACCUCAGCGCGGUCACAGACUUCCUCAGGGACGGGGACAGGACAACACAGAUCUUUGUCAAACCCAUCGUCACAUCCAACUUCCUCUGGAGCGGCUACACACCACAGAGUGUGCAGAUCACAGUGACGGAUGUUCCCUCUGCAUACUGCUACUCUUUCACUGAUCCUCACAUCAUCACGUUUGAUGGCAGGCAGUAUGACAACUAUCAGAUCGGGACGUUUGUGUUGUACAAGAGCACGAGGCAGCCGUUCGAGGUUCAUGUGCGCCAGUGGGAGUGCGGGAGCGUUGUCCACGGCGCCUCGUGCACGUGCGGCUUCGUGGCGAGACACGGCGGUGACGUCAUAGCCUUCGACAUGUGCAAUGGAGAGCUGGGGGACACCAGGCCGCACCUGUCGGUGAAGAACAGGGACGUGGGCAAGAGCGGCAUCCGCAUCACUGAGUCUUACCAAGGACGCAAAGUCACAAUGACCUUCUCGUCUGGGGCAUUUGUGUGUGCCGAUGUGUCUGCCUGGGGCAUGAGUCUGACCCUGAGGGCCCCCAGCUCAGACUGGAGCCAAACCCAGGGCCUGUGUGGGACGUAUGACGGACAGACCCACAAUGACCUCCACACAGCAGGGGGCGCAGCACUGGACAACGAAGACUUAGCAGCCUUCAUCUCUGAAUGGAAACUCCCUCCUGGUGGCAGCUUGUUUGACACUGUUCCGUCCUAUCAGAGCGCCCCAAACCCUCGCAGGUACUGUAACUGUGAAGAGGAGUCCCACCCCACGUCCCUGCGAACCAGGUCUCAGCCAAUCCCUGGCUCCGACUCCUCCUGUUCUCACCAUGGCAACGUGAGACUCCACAGUAUCAUCCCCACUCUGGAUGUCACUGCCGAAUACAUCAACUCAGUAGAGCUGUUCAAAGGCCACCACGACCACCCCUCAGGAAACUCCAAAGAGAACGGCCGGGCCGAGGACACCGCCGCCCAGCCUGUAGAGAGAGGCUCUACCCUAACGGGCUCCAGCCAUGGAGCCAACAACCAGAGGAGCCGUGGAAGGCGCCAGUCCUACCAGUUUCUCCCCGACACGCCCUACCAGAGCCUGAGCCAGUCCGACCUGGAGGGCUUCACCUACUUCUUCCCAGAGGACCACGAGCUGACUGCCCGGCCCGAGUCCUCCCCUCCCCCCGCCUGGCCCACCCUGUCUGGGCUAACACAGCUCCAGGCCAGGGUGCAGUGCCAGCGGGCGGUGGCUAACUCCAGCAUGGCCCUGGGCUGCGGCCGGCUCUUAGGCCCGGCCAUAGUGAGCCAGGCGGUGGCUAUGUGUGUCAGCGACCUCCAGCUAAAGGACGACCAGGCCUGGGUGGGCGCCACUCUGCCUCUGCUUGAGAACGAGUGUGAGAGGAGGCUAGUGGAGGAGAGGGGUAGAGAGGAAGAGCACCAGGACAUACUGUCCUUCCUCAAGUGUCCUAAUCUAUGUAAUGGGAAUGGGCAGUGCUCCAAGUUGGGGUGUGUGUGCUUCCCCGGGUUUGGGUCCUAUGACUGCAGCAUUAUCUCUGACCAGACUCCAGAGAUCACAGAGCUGGAGAACGAGGGACUGUGUGAUGUCAGACAGAGUGACUGCUCCACUGUACAGGUCUUUGGACAAGGCUUCAAAGACUCCUAUGAACUCAAGUGUGAAUUUUUGAAGGAAAAGUUUGUAGAUGGUGAGUGGACCCUGGACGAACCUCAGUUUACCCUGGCUACCUUCCUGGAUGUAUCAGUUCUGGAGUGUCAGCUCCCCCUGGAGUACAGACAAGCCACUGCAGGCCUGGACAUGGAUACGGCCACCGACAGACCCCUCGCACGCUGGCAGAUCAAAGUGUCCAACGACGGCUACGGCUACAGCAACGCCAAGAUCCUGACCCUGUUCGAUGGAGCCUGUCAGAUCUGCACGCUCAACGCUGACGUUCUCUGUACCUCCAGGGAGAAAACAUGCAACAUUGACAGUGUGUGUUAUGGAGAAGGAGACCUCAAUCCCAGCAGCCCUUGCCUGAUAUGCCGACCAGACUCCUCCAAAUACACAUGGUCCGUCGCUGAGAAGAAUGAGCCACCAGUGUUUCAGUCAGCACAGGGGCGUCUGCAGACGUUCCAGGGAGAGAACUUUGUGUACCAGCUGCAGGCUCAGGACCCAGAAGGCUCUGUGGUGCUGUUCACUCUGGAGUCAGGCCCCAGUGACACCUCCCUCUCCCCCGCUGGCCUGCUCACCUGGAAGGCUACUGACACUGCUGCCUCCUCCUCCACACAGACCUUUCAUUUCGCUAUCAAAGACGAUUGUAGUGCUGAGACGCUUGCCUCUGUACAGAUCGCUCUGCGGCCCUGUGGCUGUCUGAACGGAGCUUCCUGUGUUACAAACAUCAACCUCCCCUCUGGCAGCGGGGAGCACCUAUGUGUCUGUCCCGCUGGCUUCACAGGGGACAGGUGUGAGGAGGACAUAGACGACUGUAAACCCAACCCCUGUCGUCUGGUCAAGUGUAUAGACGGACCCAACUCUUUCUCCUGCAUCUGUCCCCCCGGAAUGACCGGUCAUACCUGUAGAGAGGAUGUGGAUGAAUGUGCCGCAGAGCCAUGCUUCCCUGGGGUGGGCUGCAAAAACACACUAGGCUCAUUCACCUGUGGCUUCUGUCCAGAGGGUUACACUGGGGACAUGAAGAGUUGCAGUGGGUCCCACUCUCUCCCUGUCUCUGUUUCUAUCCCUGCCUCUGUAUCUCUCUUUCUCUACCCCUAUCCUCUCACCCCCAGCCCUCAUUAUUUGAUCAAUAUAUUUCUAUUGACUGUGAAUAAUUAUAUUCUACCUCCUCUUCUUCUAGUGACCGUGCCUAUACCCGCUGUACCCACAGGAGGUCACCAGGGUUCUGGCACGGUUAAACCAUCAAACCAGGCCCCCUGCUCCAGACAACCAUGCUACCCAGGGGUGCAGUGCUUUGAGAGCACACACGUGUCCGUAGGGUACAUCUGUGGACCCUGUCCACCUGGGCUCCAUGGCAACGGACACACCUGUAGUAGAAGCACCACAACAGGACAGAGGCCAGUUACCACCAACAGAGAAGAUGGACGUCCUCAAGUGACGGAAGACACCAGUAGGGAAAUCACUGGCACCACCUCCUCCUCUUCUUUCUCUACCUCCUUCUCCCAGAACAGGAGAAAAACUGAGGGGCCCUCAUUGGGUAGCAAGAGAGUCUUCUCCGUGGACAGAAAGACAUCUAUUAGCCCCCAGGACCAAACUAUCACCAGAGUCUCCACCCCCACCAAUCACAACCGAGGUCAGAGCAGCAAGGUGGAACUGACUUCUGACCUCAGCCACAGGGUGAGGUGGGGGUCAUUGUCUCCCAUAGUGACCUGUGCAGACUCUCCCUGCUUCUCCGGUGUGCCCUGCGUGCCCACUGUCUCAGGCUCCUUCAAGUGUGGCCGCUGCCCGUAUGGUUACACUGGAGAUGGGGUCACCUGCAAAGCUGUGUGCCGGUAUCCAUGUGGAAGGAAUAUGGAGUGCUCUCUACCCAAUACCUGCACUUGUAAAGAAGGCUAUACCGGAUAUAACUGCCACAUAGCUGUCUGCCGACCGGACUGCAAGAACCAGGGGAAGUGUGUCAGCCCAGAUGUGUGUGUCUGUCCCGUGGGCUACAGCGGACCAACAUGUGAGGAAGCUAACUGUGAGCCAUCUUGCCAGCAUGGAGGAACCUGUCUGGUCAGGAAUCUCUGCUCCUGUCCUUACGGUUACGUGGGACCAAGAUGUGAAAUCAUGGUGUGCAACAGGCACUGUGAAAACGGAGGGGAGUGUAUUUCUCCCGAUGUGUGUAAGUGCAAGUCUGGCUGGUACGGACCAACAUGUAACUCAGCUGUCUGCAAUCCAGUGUGUUUGAAUGGUGGGACUUGUAUCAAACCGAACAUCUGCGCCUGUCCCGGUGGUUUCUAUGGCUCCCAAUGUCAGAUUGCUGUCUGCAGCCCUCCCUGUAAGAAUGGAGGUCAGUGUAUGAGGAACAACGUGUGCUCCUGCCCCGGGGGCUACACAGGGAAGCGGUGUCAGAAGAGUGUGUGCGACCCCAUGUGCAUGAACAAGGGGAAGUGUGUGGGGCCCAACUCCUGUUCCUGUGCCUCUGGGUGGAGGGGGAAGAGGUGUAACAUUCCUGUGUGCCUGCAGAAGUGUAAGAACGGUGGUGAGUGUGUGGGACCCAACACCUGCCACUGUUCCACAGGAUGGGAAGGCCUACAGUGUCAGUCUGCCAUCUGUAAGCAGAGAUGCCUCAACGGGGGAAGGUGUGUCCUGCCCAACUUCUGCCACUGCCGCAAAGGGUACACUGGCGUCACCUGUGGGUUAAAGGCCGCUCUUGCAUAAGGGAAAUGACUGAAGAUGCUGAAGUUUUACAAAAUACAGAGCGCAAGUGGAGAGUCCUUAUUAGGCAGUGUGUGAUCAUGAAGUGUGUGUGCCUGUAUGUGUGUGUGUGUGUAUCUUUGUACAUUAACUGAGGGGCCGGAUAUAUUGCACGAAUCUAAUUGUCCCAGUUUUGUUACUACCUCAAUGCUCAAGGUAGCACAUUGAUGUAAAGCCCUUGCAUAAGAAAUGCAUAACAUAUUCAUAAACAAUGCAUAAUACUGUCUUAAACACUGCAUAUCCAUUCAGAAAUGUUUAUGCCAAUCGUGUUGAUGUCUCAAAAGCUACAUUUACACAGGCAGCCCCAAGUCUGAUCUUUUUCCACUAAUAGGUCUUUUGACCAAUCAGAUCAGCUUGUUUAACAAUUGGGCAAAAUAUCAGAAAUGCGCUGCCUAUGUAAACGCAGCCAAACUAUGUAAUCUAACAGAGACAUUAAGUCAUGUAUAUUAAUGCAUACAAAUGUGUUUUAUAGUCCGUAUCCAAGGCUUUUAUUUAAAAAAGUGUUACUGCACACAGUAUUAUGUUGGAGUAAGAGAAGAGGAUCAGAUGAAAAACGAGUUGAUGGUUUAUUGAAGAACAAUCUGGCUUUAUAAGAUAUUUAUACCCACUUUUCUUUUUGAUUUGUUGUUCCUCGUUAUUGAUUUGGCCAAAGUUUUCAUCUCGGGUUUAUUGUGGUACAGAAAGUGUUUGUUUUUUGUUGCCUAAGCUGUUGUGCACUGUUUCAUACAGUACUUAAUAUGUAUUGAGAAAUAACACUAUUCUUCUUUAUACAUCACACCUGCCCUUGGAAAUGUUAUUAGCUUGUUUGAUUUUUAGGGCCACUGGUCUGCAAUUGUUUUGUAACUGUUGACGAGAUCUGUUGUAAGUAUCAAUUCAGAUAUACUUGAUCAAUUUUGUACAUUAUACUGUACAUAGGUCAAAACAUUUGUUAUUUUAACAUUUACACCGCGUUGUAAACCACGCAUAUGGAAACAAAAUAAAAAAGUUAGUGUCAUUUGCUUUAAGCAACACGUUUUAAUGCUUGAAAUGCAAUUCAGUA